AGGCGGCGGCGGCGGCGGCGGCGGCGGCAGCGGCGGUCGAGGCUCAUGCUGAGGAGGCGGCGGCGGGCGGGGCUCAGCUCGGGCUCCGCGGGCGGGCGGGCGGACAUGGCGGCCAACAUGUACCGGGUCGGAGAUUAUGUCUACUUCGAGAAUUCCUCCAGCAACCCAUACCUAAUCAGAAGGAUAGAAGAACUCAACAAGACUGCAAGUGGCAACGUGGAAGCAAAAGUGGUCUGCUUUUAUAGACGACGUGAUAUUUCCAACACGCUUAUAAUGCUUGCAGACAAGCAUGCUAAAGAAAUUGAGGAAGAGUCUGAAACAACUGUUGAGCCAGACUUGACUGAUAAACAGAAACAUCAGUUGAAACACAGGGAACUCUUUUUGUCUCGACAGUAUGAAUCUCUGCCUGCAACACAUAUCAGGGGAAAAUGCAGUGUUGCCCUUCUGAAUGAGACAGAAUCCGUAUUAUCAUAUCUUGAUAAAGAGGAUAGCUUUUUCUACUCACUGGUCUAUGACCCCUCAUUGAAAACACUAUUAGCUGACAAAGGUGAAAUCAGAGUGGGACCUAGAUAUCAAGCAGACAUUCCAGAAAUGCUUGUAGAAGGAGAAUCAGAUGAGAGGGAACAGUCAAAAUUGGAAGUUAAAGUUUGGGACCCAAAUAGCCCACUUACAGAUCGACAGAUUGACCAGUUUUUAGUUGUAGCACGUGCUGUUGGGACAUUCGCUAGAGCCCUUGAUUGCAGCAGUUCUGUGAGGCAGCCUAGUUUGCAUAUGAGUGCUGCUGCGGCUUCCCGAGACAUCACGUUGUUUCAUGCAAUGGAUACAUUGUAUAGACACAGCUAUGAUUUGAGCAGUGCCAUUAGUGUCUUAGUACCACUUGGAGGACCUGUUUUAUGCAGAGAUGAAAUGGAAGAAUGGUCAGCCUCUGAAGCUAGCUUAUUUGAAGAGGCACUGGAAAAAUAUGGCAAAGACUUCAAUGACAUACGUCAAGACUUUCUCCCUUGGAAAUCAUUGACUAGCAUCAUUGAAUAUUAUUACAUGUGGAAAACUACUGACAGAUACGUGCAGCAGAAACGUCUAAAAGCAGCAGAAGCUGAGAGUAAACUGAAACAAGUAUAUAUCCCAACUUACAGCAAACCAAAUCCCAACCAAAUAUCCACCAGCAAUGGCAAGCCUGGUGCUGUGAAUGGAGCCGUGGGGGCCACGUUCCAGCCACAGAAUCCCCUUUUAGGGCGAGCCUGUGAGAGCUGCUAUGCUACACAGUCGCACCAGUGGUAUUCUUGGGGCCCACCUAAUAUGCAGUGUAGAUUAUGUGCAAUUUGUUGGCUUUAUUGGAAAAAAUAUGGAGGCCUGAAAAUGCCCACCCAGUCAGAAGAAGAGAAGUUAUCUCCUAGCCCUACUACAGAGGACCCCCGUGUUAGAAGUCAUGUCUCCCGCCAGGCCAUGCAGGGGAUGCCAGUCCGAAACACCGGGAGUCCAAAGUCUGCAGUGAAGACCCGCCAAGCUUUCUUCCUUCAUACUACAUAUUUCACAAAAUUUGCUCGUCAGGUCUGCAAAAAUACCCUCCGGCUGCGGCAGGCAGCAAGACGGCCGUUUGUUGCUAUUAAUUAUGCUGCCAUUAGGGCAGAAUAUGCAGACAGACAUGCUGAGCUAUCUGGAAGUCCACUGAAAAGCAAAAGCACUAGGAAACCUUUGGCAUGUAUCAUUGGGUAUUUAGAGAUCCAUCCUGCAAAAAAACCUAAUGUAAUUCGAUCUGCACCAAGCCUGCAAACGCCAACUACCAAGCGGAUGCUGACCACCCCGAAUCACACGUCUCUGAGCAUUCUGGGGAAAAGAAACUACAGUCAUCACAAUGGUCUGGAUGAAAGCAGCAAAACUGAUGUGGGACAUCUGAGUCUAGUCCUCGCCAGGUUUUGCAGCUGCUGAUCUCAUCACCUGGAACGAUGCUGCCACCAUGUGCAGAAGCCUGGGCUAGCGGCCUUGAGGACAAGAGAGCAUGUGGAAAGGAAGACUGGCUGGGAGCCAGCACCAGCUGUGUGAGACCAUCUUAGACGACUGCAGCUGUGUGAGCGACCCCCGCCCCCCCGCCGGGAGAGACCAGUGGAAGACCUGCCCAGUGGUCCUGGUUGUUAUUUUAAGUCAUUAAAUUUUGGGGACGGUUUGUUAUACUGCAAUGGACAACUGAGAUACCAGGUGUAUAUGUUCCCAUAACCUCUGUGUCAUUUUGUUUUAGAUAUACCUCUUAUGAAUGACAUAUAGCUGGAGUUUGUUAAAAAAUCCAGUCUGAUAGCCUAUGAUAUCUAAUAUGUGGA